AUGGAUCAUCAUGAUCUUAUAUAUUUAUCAAAAAAGAUAGAAUAUAUAAUAAACAAGAAGGUGGAUCCUUUAGUUCUUGGUCAAUCAUCAAUUCAAGAUAAAUGUAUUGGAAUAGAAUUUCAAUUACGCAAUCUAUGUGACAAUUGUAACAAGGAGAGAACCAACUUGGAAGAACAAAUUAGAAAUAGCAAUCUAGAAAUUAUUUCGCUGAAAGAGAAGAUGGACUUCUUGGUCAGUGGUCAAGUAGCAAUUAAAGCUGAAAUUAAGGAGCUUGAAAAACAAUUGCAAAUAGGUAAAGUCAAACUUAGUAAACUCGUUGAAGAAAUUAAUGAUUCACCUAUAAAGAGAGUGGAAGAGAUGUUGUUGAAGAAAUACAAUAAGUUGAAAGAAAAUCAAUCAAAGGCAAAUUCAAAGACAACCUACAUUCAUUCAAAAGAUGAAUCAAACACUUCUCUAGACAACAUUUUAAUACCAACUAAAUUUGGAUUAAGAAUCUAA